AAAAAAUAAAAAAUGCAAAAUCGCCCCACACCGUGUUAUUGUCACGUGACCGCUGCUGUCGGACGUCGCCAAGAUGGUGAUCUUCAGUGUGUAUGUAGUCAACAAGGCUGGAGGUUUAAUUUACCAGUAUGACAACUAUGUGCCGAGAGCGGAGGCCGAAAAGACGUUUAGUUACCCUUUAGAUUUGGUGCUCAAGCAUCACGAUGAGAAAGUGGUCGUGUCGUUUGGGCAGAGGGACGGAAUCAAAGUGGGCCACGCAGUUCUCUCCAUAAAUGGGAUUGAUGUGAUGGGAAAGAGUACAGCGGAUGGCAAGGACAUCCUGGAAUACUUGAAAGACCCCUCCAAUUAUCCAGUGUCAAUUCGAUUCGGACGGGCUCGACUCAGCUCCAAUGAGAAGCUGAUGUUGGCGUCUAUGUUUCAUUCGUUGUUUGCUAUCGGAUCACAGCUGUCUCCAGAGCCUGGAAGUUCAGGGAUUGAGAUGCUGGAAACGGACGUGUUUAAACUCCACUGUUUCCAGACUCUUACAGGAAUAAAAUUCAUAGUGCUGGCAGACCCGCGACAAGCCAGCAUUGAUGCUCUCCUCAGGAAAAUAUAUGAGAUCUAUGCAGAUUUUGCUCUAAAGAAUCCAUUCUACUCACUCGAGAUGCCUAUCAGAUGUGAACUAUUUGAUCAGAACUUAAAAAGCGCCCUGGAGAUUGCAGAGAAGGCUGGCAACUUUGGAGCUGGGUCAUGAAGCAGAAAAUAAUCAUUUUUUAGUUCUUGUUCAUUUAUAAAAAAAAAUUUGCUGUGUCCCAGUGACAAUACAAUGACUACACUGUAUAUACUUCUUGUUUUGUAAAUACUAUUAAACUCAAAUAAUAUUUCAAGUGACACGAUUGUUUGCAAGGUAGCUCAUAAGAACAUUGAAAAUGGUUGACUCUUCAGAGUAGGUUCAUGUCAUUAAGAGGCUACUUGAGGAGAUAUGUUUC